AUGGAUGAAACUAACGAGGAGGUUGAAGUCCUUAUUGCUGACAAUCCUUUUGCAAAUAUGACGUUUGAUGAAAAGCUGAAUUAUGUUUCUGUCAUUGCAAAGCCAAUGGCGUCGGAAAAGCUUACUAAACGCCUUGGCAAGCUCAUGAAGAAGGCCAAACGCGUUAGGAUGAUUUCUUGCGGAGUUAAAGAUGUUGUGAAACAAAUUGUGAAAAAGAACUCGCCUGGUAUUUUGGUGAUUGCGGGUGAUGUAAGCCCUAUUGACACAGUCACGCAUAUCCCUUUGAUAUGUGAAUCCCACAACAUCCCCUACUGUUACGUUCCAUCACGCUUUGAUCUGGGCUCAAGCUUUUCGUCGAACUUAAAUUCUCUCUGUGUAUUUAUUAAACCCCACGAGGAAUACGAAGCUUUGUACAGUAAGUGUCACGAUGCUGUCGAUAGUCUGCCAUUACCCAUACAUUAA